AUGGAUCCCGGACAGGAUUUACUUCUCACCGCUCUCAGUGAGAGCGGCAUUUGCCCCAAUGACAUGGGACUGUUCGACACAGAGUCUCAGGAUGUUGCGCAGCCCUCCACAGCUCAUCAAUCUAUCUCAAUCAGCGCCCUUGACGUCGGCUUGGCAAGCGAAUCCGGGGAAGUCGCUCGAAGCGGAACUCCGUCUCCGGGCCCCAUUGUGGCUAUCAGGCACAAACCUCAGCCAUCGACCACCACGUUUGUCUUAAAUCAGCUCAACCAGCUGCCGUCGUUAGGUUCGGCCGCCGCCAAGCAGUCGACCGGCAACCCUGUCAAGCAUACCAUCACCGUUACCAAGGUGGUCCACGUCGCCAACGCCGCCCUGCGGGGCCCAUCAACGCCCACUUCUGCGAGCAACCCACCCUCGGCGUCCACAGCUGUGCCUUCAAAUCACGACCAGAUCCAGUUAAAAGACCUCCUCAGGGUGGGAGGCCUGAAAAGUUCGGGCCAGAAGGGCAACAGUUUGGUGGAACUCAUGAAGCUUAAGCCGCCGGCUGACAUCGCCACACCGGUAGCCACCGCCACUGGGCCCAGUGAGAUGAACAAUGGUGUCAAGAAGGAAACCCUGGCUAAAGAAAACCUCGCUAGAACCUGGAGUAACGACGAGCUCAAAAUGCAUGCUUUUUCACAUUCGCUGAACGUACCUGGGAUGAGGGAUGAAGAAGAGCCUGAGGAAGAGGAAGAAGAGGAGUUGGGUCAUGCAGAAACGUACGCGGAGUACAUGCCCAUGAAGUUGAAAGUUGGCCUGCGGCAUCCCGACCCGGUUGUAGAAACCAGCUCCCUGUCCAGCGUGAGCCCGCCAGACGUGUGGUACCGCCUGACUAUCCCGGAGGAGGUCAUGGACCGCGGAUGCCUGUCUGCUUUGCAGCUGGAAGCCAUCACGUACGCUGCCCAGCAACACGAGACGUUCCUGCCGAGCGGUGACCGAGCAGCCUAUUUGAUCGGCGACGGUGCUGGAGUGGGAAAAGGCCGUACCAUCGCAGGCAUCAUCUAUGAGAAUUAUCUCCUGGGCAGGAAGAGAUCAUUAUGGUUUAGUGUUUCCAACGAUUUGAAGUACGAUGCAGAACGGGAUUUGAGGGACAUCGGAGCCAAGAACAUUCAGGUCCAUUCCCUGAAUAAGUUCAAGUACGGCAAGAUCUCCUCCAAACACAAUGGCAGUGUAAAGAAAGGGGUCAUCUUCGCAACGUACUCCUCGCUGAUCGGAGAGAGCCAAUCGGGUGGCAAGUACAAGACCAGGUUUGAGCAGCUGCUCCACUGGUGCGGAGAGGACUUUGAUGGCGUUAUUGUCUACGAUGAGUGUCAUAAGGCUAAAAAUGUGUGUCCCAUCGGAUCAUCCAAACCAACAAAAACCGGGCUUGCUGUAUUGGAACUUCAGAACAAGCUUCCCAAGGCUCGUGUGGUGUACGCCAGUGCUACAGGUGCUUCGGAACCAAGAAACAUGGCUUACAUGAACCGACUCGGGAUCUGGGGCCAUAAAACACCUUUCAGGGAGUUUGCCAAUUUCAUCCAAGCGGUUGAACGCAGGGGUGUGGGCGCUAUGGAGAUUGUGGCCAUGGAUAUGAAGCUGAGGGGAAUGUACAUCGCACGGCAAUUGAGUUUCACCGGCGUGACGUUCAAGAUCGAGGAGGUCCCUCUGACUCAGCAGUACAUCCACAUGUACAACAAUUCAGUCAGGCUGUGGGUGAGCGCCCGUGAGAAGUUCCAGCAAGCGGCAAACCUGAUGGACGCUGAGCAGCGCAUGAAGAAGUCCAUGUGGGGCCAGUUCUGGUCGGCCCAUCAGAGGUUCUUUAAGUACCUCUGCAUUGCCUCCAAGGUUCGAAGAGUGGUACAACUGGCCAGGGAGGAGGUCCAGAACGGGAAGUGCGUGGUGAUCGGCCUGCAGUCUACUGGGGAAGCGAGAACUUUGGAGGCUUUGGAGGAGGGAGGCGGCGAGCUUAACGACUUUGUGUCAACUGCAAAAGGUGUGCUGCAGUCCCUAGUAGAAAAGCACUUCCCUGCUCCUGACAGGCAGAAGCUUUACAGCCUACUGGGCAUCGAUCUAUCAGCCAAGAAGACCCCUUCGUUAGUUGAUGCCAAAGCCCAGCCCCAGCAGAAAGGAAAGAAAAGAAAAGGUAUGUGAGAAGACAAGAAGAAAUCACCGAAGAAACCUCGCAAGCACGGCGGGCUGUCGGGCACCAGCUCGGACGAGAGCCAAUCAGAGGAGUCUGAUAAGGACUCGGGCAGGGAUGGCGAAAGCGACGACAGCUUCAAAUCGGUCAGCUCGGCGGACGAGGAUGACGACUUCAACCCGUUCAGGGACGAGUCUGAUGAGGAUGACGAGGACGAUCCCUGGCUUGUCCGAAAGGAGCCCAAGAAGAGUAAAGAGAAAACCAAGAAGAAGAAGCGAAGGAAGAGCAUCGAUCCGGACUCCAUUCAAAGUGCCUUGCUGGCGUCAGGCCUGGGUUCCACACGGCCGGCUUUCACUGCGCCCGUCGCCCCUACGCCCACGCCGACUGCAGUCAAAGCCGAGCCAGAAGACAGCUGCCUGACGAGCCAGGACGCAGUGGAACACGCUCAAAAGAUGAAGCGGGACCUCCUAGAGAAGCUGGAGGAGCUGGCUGAAGAGCUGCCGCCCAACACGUUGGAUGAGCUCAUCGACGAGCUGGGAGGACCUGAAAAUGUUGCAGAGAUGACCGGUCGUAAAGGCCGCGUAGUCAGCAACGAUGACGGCACCAUCACUUACGAGUCUCGCUCGGAGCUCGAUGUCCCCGUGGAAAUCCUCAACCUGACCGAGAAGCAACGCUUUAUGGACGGGGAGAAGCACAUCGCCAUCAUUUCGGAAGCGGCCAGCUCGGGCAUCUCGCUGCAGGCCGACCGACGUGUUAAGAACCAGCGGCGCAGGGUCCACAUGACGCUGGAGCUGCCAUGGAGUGCAGACAGAGCCAUCCAGCAGUUCGGAAGAACUCACAGGUCCAACCAGGUCACUGCUCCGGAGUACGUCUUCCUCAUCUCCGAGUUGGCCGGAGAGCAGCGAUUUGCUUCCAUCGUGGCCAAAAGAUUAGAAAGUCUUGGGGCGCUCACUCAUGGAGACAGGAGAGCGACAGAGACUCGAGAUCUCAGCAGGUUUAACUUUGACAAUAAAUAUGGCCGAAAUGCUUUAGAAAUUGUGAUGAAGUCGAUUGUGAAGCUCGACACACCGCUUGUCUCGCCACCCUCGGACUUUAAAGGAGAUUUCUUCAAAGAUGUUCAGAGAGGCUUGAUAGGUGUGGGGCUCAUCAAUGUGGAGGACAGAUACAACGCAUUGUCACUGGACAAAGACUACAACAACAUUGGGAAGUUCCUUAACCGCAUUCUGGGCAUGGAGGUCCAUCAGCAAAACGCCUUGUUUCAGUACUUCUCAGACACGCUGGCGGCUGUCAUCCAGGAAGCCAAGCGGAACGGCAGAUUCGACAUGGGCAUUCUCGAUCUUGGUUCCGGUGAUGAGAAGGUGAAAAAGGUCGACUGCAAGAAGUUCCUGACGCCGGGCUACACGGCAUCUGGCCACGUUGAGCUGUUCACGGUGAGUGUAGAGCGAGGUAUGUCCUGGGAAGAAGCCACGCAUGCCUGGGCGGAACAGAACGGACCAGAUGACGGCUUCUAUGUACAGUCACGGAACAACAAGAAAACUGCUAUCCUGGUGAAGGAAGUGAACACAAAGAAGAGACUCUUCCUCGUCUACCGGCCCAACACGGGCAGGCAACUCAAGCUGGAAACGUACGCUGACCUCAAGAAGAAAUUCAAGAAGGUAUUGUCAGAAGACGCCAAGCAACAUUGGAACGAGCAACACACCUCGUCGGCGAAGAUUUGUUCGCAUGCUUUCUGGCGGGGUAACUGUAAAAAGGCCUCCGUGGGGCUGCAGUGUGAAAUAGGCUUGCGCUGUCGCACGUACUACGUGCUGUGCGGCUCUGUGUUGAGCGUGUGGAACGAGCUAGAGGAAGUGCUGACGCCCGUCAGCGGCACUAACGUCAAGGUGCAAAUCGUACGUCUGCGCACCGAGGACGACCAGCGGAUAGUCGGACUGAUCAUUCCAGCCAACUGCGUGUCACCGCUGAUGCACAAGCUGUCCACGUCCGACCAGUUUCAGCAACUGGCCGUCCAAGAGCAGCACAAGCGGCAGCAGCUGCACCCCCAAAGUCUGAGCCACGCGCCCAACACAUAG